AUGAAAGACAUUGAGAAGUUGACGGGUUGGGCGCGAAUGGCCACCAUUUACUUAACGUCGGGCUUUACCGGCUAUUUAGCGAGCGCUGUAUUCCUGCCAUUCAGGCCAGAGGUGGGACCGGCGGGUAGUCUAUACGGAGUGAUGGCUUACUUUUUUGUGGAACUUUACCAAAUGUGGAAAAUAUUGGAGAAGCCGUACUUUGUAUUAGCGAAACAGUUGGCUGUGGCUCUCGUACUGUUAUUCCUGGGAUUCCUGCCGUGGAUUGACAAUUACGCUCACGUCACCGGUUUUGUAAUCGGAGGCCUCUUAUCACUGGCUUUAAUACCGAGUAAUAUGACGGCCGAAACCCGAACCAAACAUAUAGUGAUUAAAAUUUGUUGCUUCGCCGCCGUUCUGCUCAUUAUAAUCACUCUCUUUGUACUCCUAUAUAAUGUUCCCAUUUAUGACUCGAAAAUAUUUAAGUACUUUAAUUGCAUUCCGUUUACAUCUGACUGGUGUGCCAACCAAGACAUUCAAGUCAAUCGAAUUGAUAUCUUGUAA